ACAGGCAACUGAAGUAGGGCACAGCUGUAUGUUCAAAGUUUCUGCUUUGCCAAAAUACCACAAAACUAGGUCAAUGGCCUCUUUUAUGAUUUAUAUGACAUGUAUAAGAAAGAUCACUUUAGUCAGACGCACCUCAUAGCCUAAAAGCGAGGAGUCGGAGGAGCCGGAGGAGCUGGGACUUUAUUGAAAGUCACUAACCAGAAGUCAUCGGAUCGUAUUGUGAUAAGAAAACCCGGACGAGCGACAUUCUGCAGAACAAGCGCGACCCACGCCUCUCUUAUCUCACAUGUGCUGCUGAGACGCAUCUGCAGAUGUUAUCACGUUAUUAGCCAUGUAAAGGGAAGAAGGCAGAUAAACCAAACACUGCUCUAUCCUGUCAUUUUACUGACAACACUCCUGUUCUGCACCAGUAAAGCGGAGCUGCUGAGUGGGGUCCUCCACUUUAACAGCGAUGAGUUGCCAUGAAUCUCUCCUCGACCACCUGGAGAUGUAUAAUCGUUCUCCUCACUUUUUCUGUCAGAGGCUGCCCUCUCCUCCCAGCUGACUGCAUGAAAUUCAUCCCUCUUGGAUACCUGAUGGUGGAGCGGGCUCCACCCUUCCUCCUGGGCUCUGACCUGACGGUGUACUGUCACAUCAAUGAAUGUGAUUGGGGGUCCAAAAUGUUCCUGGAGUUGGAUGGUGCGAAUGUGAAUCUGUCGAAGAGACUCAACUGCACCUCAACUGUGUUCCAUGUGGCCCCCGUGAGGCCACGGUCCUCAGUGGUCUGCAAGCUGAUGCGUGCUCACAUGUCUGCUCUGAAUGUUGUCAAUGGACUGGAUCUUCAGGCUGGGCUCCCUCCAGAUGAACCCAAAAAUAUCAUCUGUGAAACAACGAGGAGCUCAGAGUUCGUCGUCUGCUCAUGGCAGAAAGGAGGUGAAACUUACCUGGAUAAAUACUACAACAUUUCACUAGUCAGACUAAAUGGGACCCAAGUACUGUUGGAACAAAUCAAAGAUGCUGAGGAAAUCUCCAUACCACAAGCAAUACUAGUUGAAAACACUAAAUAUGAAUUGAUCAUUACCGCUUACAACUACCUUGGAAAGUCACAGUCUGAGCCGUUCAUCCUCUGCGUCCAGGAUGUAGUGAUACCAGAGACCCCACGUAUCGUGAAGGUCGAGUUUGGGAGCAACUUCAGUGCCGUGUUACACUGGGAGACCUCAACGCGUCUCAGAACCCAUACCAGGCUACGUGCAGAUAACGGGUCCUGGGAAAUGAGAGAGGGAACACAACUUGGGGAGGGUCUGAUACAAGUGGACAGCCUUAGACCCCUGGCUGUAUAUGAGUUCCAGAUGAGAGUGUGUGACGCAGCGUCAGGGCUCACAGACACCAACACAUCCAGGUGGACCGUCAGCCACAGAGCCACCUGCAGCAGAUGGAGCCCUUCUGUGAUGACGAGGAGCCCUGGAAAAAGUCUGUCUCAGCCGCUCCAUGUGUGGAGGACUGUGGGAACCCCGCAGGACACGAACGGGCUGAAAAAUGUUACUGUUUUGUGGAAACCUCCAGCUCCAGAGGAUUACAGCGGUGAGCUGCAACAGUACAAGAUCUUUGUGGAUGAUGACCGUGAGGAGACCUGCACUGCUGCGUCCAGCCAGUGCUCAGUUCAGGUACCAGCAGGAAACCGGAUGCUGAGUGUGAGCGCAGUAACCUCAUAUGGGACCUCUCCACCAGCUGAAGUGGAAAUCAGAUACUCAGGUCUGUUGGGACCAAUUCUGCGAGAGUUUGCUCCUUCAGCCAACGGCAAUGCCGUCCUCGUGUCAUGGACGUCGACUCUGGAGGAACUGCUGUACUACGUGAUGGAAUGGACAUCUGUGCCUGCAGGAAGGCUGCAGUGGAGAAAGCUGACAAAAGAUCUCACAAACACAUCAGUCACAGGUUUGACUGCAGGUGUGAGGUAUAAUGUCUCUCUGUAUGCUGUAACCACCAGAGGUGUCAGUGCUCCAUCAUCCACGCUGAUCUACUCCCGAGAACAGAGGCCACUUUCUUCUCCCACCCUGCAUGUGCUGGCACAUGAGACCAAACGCAUCCUGGUCCAGUGGGAUGAGCCGCCUGUAGACCAGCAGAGGGGCUUCAUCACAAAGUACACCGUUUAUUUGCAGACACUGGACUCCAGCAACUCGGAACUCAACGUGACAGUGUCUGGAUCUGGAUGGAGACGGAUGUGGCUGGACUGUCCAGAAGGAGCUCUGGCUCUCCAGCUAACAGCAUCCAACGCCGCCGGAGAGGGACCACGAGGGACUCUCAUCUCCUCCCACCCUGCAGCUCCUGCAGUUGGCCUGGUGAUCGUGAUGGUGUUCAUCACUGCUAUCUUCAUCGUAAUCGUAACCAACCUGCUGUGCUGCGGUUGCGUGAGAGAAAGGAUCAAACAGAAAUGCGUAUCUUGGGGUCCAUCGUGGCUUGUUGGAAACUUGCCGAAACCAGGACGCAGUAAUGCCAUCAGACUACUGACGGACAACAGAAGCGAACCAAUAUUCUCGUCCACCGACAGUGACCCUCCACUGUCUCCCAUCAUCAUGCUUUCCCAGGAGAUGGAUGAGGUGUACCCCACCAUCCAAGUAGAGGUGUCCCAGACCGGAUCUGAACAAACCGCAGCAGGGACAUCUCUCUCAAUGACAGACAGCAGGACAAUACUUGUGGAGGAUGGGGGCUACAAACCACAGAUUAUUUCACUGUUCCCGCUAGAAGAGGUGCAGGAUGCAGAGGAGAGGGAUGUUCCAGCGCAUGAAGAGGAAAAUAGUUGUUCAAAUGAAGGAUUACUGGGAAGCUUCCUGUCCGGUGUGGAUGUUAAUUUUUCUGGAUCCUCUCAGGGGCCGACUCUCAGCUCUGUUGGGGUUUUUUUGUGGCCUCAAGCUGGUGAAACAAGUGUCUUGACUAAAGUCGUCUUGCAAGAGACGACACAUGGGGAUGACAUGGCAGACUUUCGCUGUCUGGAUCUAAAGCAGGAUGGCUCAAUGGCCACUGACACUGUUGGUAAUUGCUCGUCUGCAGGCGAGACGACACUGAACGGCGGUUACUUACCUCAGCCUGGGUCAGCUCCGUGUCACUCAGCACACAGAUGUGACAGGGAUGAUGGGAGUGACACAAACUGUACUGCUGGAGUAUGCAAGAUGGUAUUAAAGGAAGAAUCUCUAUGACUUUCAGUAAUCAGUAGGAAAACCUGGAUCGAAUUAUAAUCAGCUCUGUCAAACACAAUGACCCAUGAUUCCUCAGAUCUGCAUUUAUGCACUUUCUGUCUCUGUCCGUAUGAAUGUAAAUAUGGCACAAAAAUGAUUGUUAGUAAUGUGUUCUAAGCAGUAGUUUCAUAUGUGUAAUAUUAAGAAUCUGGACACCAGUACAAUUCAUGUUAAGUGAGCAGUUACUCAAAUGUUCAGGUUAUAGGUAUGUAAUAAUAGCAGGGGCUAAGCCAGUGUCAGCUGUCACGCUGCAUCAUUUUCCUCAGAGGAUGGACGCAACUACAGUAACUUUGUUCAUUUCUUUGCUUUUCCUUCUGUAUUUUUUGGAAGUUGACAUAUUUUCAGGGUUGUUGCCUCACAUUGGUAGAAAUGUUCAAAGUGUAGGUAACUUUAUCCCCUUCAGAGUUGUAGAAUCACCGGUCAUAACGUGAAAACUGUGUGAACAUCUACAACAUUGUAUGGUUGACCUUUUUGAUUCUGCAGGGAUUGAAAUGUAGUCUGUUGCACACAGGCAUGUCCUCCACACACCCAAACCCUCCAAAUGUGUCCUUACAUCUAACUGAUGCUGUAGGUGUUGCCUUGUGUUGCUUGUUGUCUUCUUUUCCUGCUUUCAAAUACAUUAACACCUUCAUGGACAAAAUAAAAGACCAGCAGGAGGGGUUAGAUAUCCCCAAAUCUGAGCUUCCCUUUAUUCCCUUUUUAGCUACCUGUUAAAAUCCCAUAUCGUCCCCAAGAGAGGACUUCCUCCCGAACUGCAGAUGUACCUGUGGUUCCUACGGUUUCCAAAAGUAGAACAAGAGGCAAAGCAUUUAGUUCUCAGCCACCUUUCCUGUUUAAGCAGCUGCCAGAUAGUGUUAGGAAAGCAGACAUCUCGACCUUAGUAUUUAAAAAGGUUUAAAAAGCUUUAAUUUUGAUAAUGCUUAAAGUAUCAGAUAGUUUGUUGAUGUCAUCCUCAUACUGGAUUGUACUGAAGUCCAAUCAGAUUGAACAUAACUUAUUGAGAUUUGACUUUGUAAACUUUGACUUCUUGUGUGUAAAAUGCCUUUAAAUUACCUUAUUAUGAAUUAGCUAUAUGCGUUAAGUGAAUUGAGCUGUGGUGUGUUAGCUGUGAACUUUUUGCAUAUGUUAACUGAUUAAAGUAGCCCUUAGAUAGAAUAUUUCUGAGUUCAAGAACUAGAGAAGAAAAUAUUAAACUUGCAUCAUAUUAUAAAAUGAUGCUGCUUACUGUUUAAAAACAGGUUAAUUAGUGAUUUUUGAUUUACUCAUUAUUUAUUUGACAAAAGCAGAAGCAUAUUUAUUCUUUCUAAGGACUUUAUGAGUUUGAAAAAGUUGCUAUACUGUGUAAAAUGCAAAUGAAAACACAAUGCAAUGCUCUUUAAAUCUCAUAAACUCACAUUUUAUGCACAAUAGAACAUAGAAAACAUAUCACGUGUUUACACUGAAGAAAUGGAUCAUCUUAAGAUUGAGGGCAGCUAUAUCAGUAGCUCAUGACAUCUGUGAACUGAGAAGAUGAGUUAAAACUGGAGUUUUGGGAGGAGAAUGUCAUUCCCUCCUUGUCUGAUACAGGAUUCAAGCUGUUCAGCAUUCCUGGGUCUUUUUUUGUCAUAUUUUUAGUUUUAUAACAAGCCAAAUAUUUCCAGUUGGAAAAGGCUCUGGUCGACAGGACAGUAGUCCUCUCCCAUGAAAGAAAACAUGCUGUUGGUAAUUGGUGCAGAAUCUGGUUUAGCAGCUUCUUGCUGAAAGAUGCAAAGUCUCCCUGAAAAAGACACUGUGUGGAUGGAAGCACAUGUUUCUGUAAGGCCUUCAUAUAACUUUCAGCAUUGCUUGUUCCUUUCCAGAGCUGCAAACUGUCCAUUUCAUUGACAAUAAUACAACCAUGUACAAUAAUAUGGUUUUAACACAUGCCCUCCAAGGCUCCAAGGCUCAUGGACAUCAGAGUGGAUUUGUGACCCUUGCAGAGAUUUAGAUAUUCAAAAUCUUUUGAUGACAUUUUGUACUGUAGAUAUAAAUACUGGUGGGAUAUAAAUACUCUUUUCCAUUUUACCCUGAGGAACAUUAUUUUAGAUUUUUUUCACAGAAUCUAUACAAAUUUUUUCACUGAUGAAAACUUCCCAUUGUUACUUCUGAGCGACUCUUACUCCUUAGAAAGGCUCUUUUAAUGCUAAAUUAUGUCCCUGACCUGUUGUCAGUUAACCUAACAACAGGUCGUCACUCAGUCUCCAAAGAUGUUUGGGGAUUUAAAAACUGUUGCAGUGUCUAUUUGGAAAGAUAUCUCACACUGAAGGAGCUUUAGUCGAAUUAAGUCAAAGCAAAUAUCUUAUACAGCUGGCAUUUUGAUAUUGUGCUGUUACUACUGCAUGUUUCUCAUCUUAGCCACUAUGUUUUGUGAGCAGUGAAGUGACGCAAGCAUAAAGUUAUUCCAAAACAUGCCCUAAGAAAAAAACGUCAGUUGGGGCUUCCCCUGCCACAGUCACUGGUUCAUGUCGAUGCAGCAAUGUACUCCUGAACCCUCAGUACUUCUCACACCUGCAGCUGAACACCGUUUUUUUGUUUGAUCAUUUCCUGAGAGUCCUCUCCAGGGACGUAGCACCAAAUUCUAGGCCCUGUACUCGCUCAAUGUGAGUGGGCCCCUAUCCAUGCCAGGGCAUGAGGCACCUGAG